AUGAAGUUCCUGUCGAUAAGCGGCCUCGUGGCCGGCGCCGCGGCCUUCCCACACCUCCUCGACCUCGAGACCCUGAACGGUGCAGCCGCCAACCGCCUUGAAAGCAGGCAGACCGCUCCUCCACAAGGUGCUGGUGCUCUUCCAGCCAGCCCACCCCCAUUUGAUGCCGCGACACAAUACGUUAGUAACCAGGGCGUACACAAGUUCGUGGCUCCAGGCGCUGGUGACGAGAGAGGAGAGUGCCCAGACGAGACUGACAGCUCUCCUAUCAAGUCUGAUCUGAAUCAGUACGGCAGCAACACCAGAUUCGUCAUGAGCCAGUUCUACAACCUCUACAACCGUCAGCCAGACGCCUCCACCGCCAACUACAACCUGGAAGUUCUCCGUGCUUUCCGCGGUGACAGAUUCAAGGAGUCAAUUGCUAAGAACCCAUACUUCGCCUACCUGCCAUUUGGUGGUAUCGAGGUUUCUCAGGCUGCUUUUACCUUCAUCUACCGCUUCAUGAGCAACAAGUCCGCCGAGUACCCAGAGGGUCGUCUCAACAAGGAGGUCCUUAAGAGCUUCAUGGCCGUCUCCGGCCCAGAGAACAACCUCAAGCACACCCCAGGAUACGAAAAGAUGCCCGAUAGCUGGUACAAGCGCAACCCGUCCGACGAGUACAGCGUUCCAUACUUCGAGGCCGAUAUCCUCUACUUUGCCGAGACCCAACCAGAGAUCCUCACCAUUGGCUGCAACCGGGGUUCCGUCAAUACCUAUUCGCCAAUCGACCCAGCUGUCUUGACCAACGGCGUGUACCCUGCCCAGCAGAUCACUAAGAGCCCCAUUUGCUUCGCUACCCAGUACGCCAUCGCUUCGCUGCCACUCAUCACUGGUCUCGAUACCAGCAGUGCUGCCCUCGCUCCACUUGUCAGCACGCUCAACACCCUUACCAAGCCACCCAACUGUGCUAGCAUUGGUGCUGUUAACCAGUCCGCCUUUACUGCUUGCCCAGGCUUCUCUUUCUACGGUGGACCAACUGGACCGGUCGCACCAGGUGCUAUUCAGUCUUAA